UGCCGGCAUUCUCUAUGCCUGAAGACCAGUUGAGGAUGCGGGAGAUUGUUGCAGACAAUGUGACUAUGUUUCAGGCAGAGCCUGAUUUACCAACAUUUGAUCCCCAAGGUUUGCAGAUGAUAGUAAGUGAUGAAACUGAUCUCAACAUUCUUCUGCCAACUGAAGAAUUGCCAGGGGCAGAACCAGCUAAGGAACAAGUGACUCCCAAGAAAGGUGUACCUGAUAGCACUGUGCCUGGAGCUCCGCAAAGAGGUGUCCCAAAGGAAAAAGAUGCUGAUAUCACAGUUGUCCAAGAGAAACCACCUGCAAAACGUCCACGCAUUAUUCCAUUGGUCCUUCCUCCAAUUGAGAGCCCUCGAAGAAGACGUCAUGUACGGCAUUUGAAGGUUGAUGUCGAUAUUUGUAUUAACAAGAAAGAUAUACUACAGAACAUAGUAAAUACAAGAGAUAUUGUGAGAAACAUACAGGAUGUUCAAGUAUGCCAUCCCCUUCUGCUAGCCAGUACAUUCAAAGAACUCUUUAAGAAUCCUGCCAGAAAAGAGCUAAGACAAAAGCUUUUGUUUCCACUUUGGGCAAGAAACUUAAAACAAGUUGAAGAUUUCAGUGAAACGGAAUCAGAUCAGAAAAGACCUAUUUUUUGUGUACCAGAACUAGUGUUGAGCACUGAAUCCUCAUCAACUCCCAGGUCUGAUCAACUACAGGACCUUUCAUCUGUAGAGUUGCCUCGACCAUCCUCUGUUGUUAGUGAGCGUCAAAGGUCAAGCUUAAUUGAGAGAAGUGUGACUCCUGUCAGUAUUAAAAGUGGAAAAUCAAAAGAUUCUUUGCAUGAAAGCACUCCUCGGAAAAGAAGAAAAACCCAAAGCCUGAGUGAAGAAGAGACAACCCAGAUAAUUGAACAACCUUCAAUCCAUCAACUUGAUGAGGAGUUGUAUCCUUUAGUUGAAGAAAUACCUGUGGAUAUACCCAGCAUAUCAAUAUCUCCUGUGAAUUCGGAUGAAGAGAGAAUCCCUGAAUUCAGGCAUCUUCAAGAUUAUAUUGUAAUGAAUGUGGAAAAAUAUACCCAAACAGAACGUUGGACAACAUUCAAGCAGAUUUGUCCUCCUGGACAAAUUAAAAAGAGAAGAGCAGCCUGUCUGUUUUAUGCUUUACUUAUGGCCCAUCAGAACUGCCUGAUACGCCUCAAACAGAAGGAACCAUACGGUGAUAUCUACAUCAGAUUAAGGACAACACCACCAUAAGCUCAGUCUUUGCACACUCUCUCAUCAUACACACACGCAUACUGCAUAGUAGCUUCAUUAAACAUCAAGUACAUCAAGGA